CUUAAUUGCUCGAUUACUAGUCGGUGGUGAUAGGGUUCCUUCUUGAGAUAUCUCCCCUCACUCCCCUUCUCUUCGUGUCGGCAGUGUGAGGGAAGACCGAUUUGGUGGCUCUUCGGAGCAAUCCGUUCUCAAAGGGGCAAGUUGUGGAUCGGAAUCCAUGCGGUGCAUUAAGCUUCGAUCUGUUAAUAUUUGAGCUGUUUCUUCUCGAUUCGAUUAAAGUUUGCACUUUUUGGUUGAGAAGCCUGCCAUGGAGGUCGAUGGAGAGAAGGGGAAGCCUGUGAAGCACUCCGGUGGCCAGGUGUGCCAGAUCUGUGGCGACAGUGUUGGUACAACAGUGGACGGCGAUCUAUUUGUCGCCUGUGAUGUAUGUGGGUUUCCCGUCUGCCGUCCCUGCUACGAGUACGAGAGGAAGGAUGGAAACCAGUCGUGUCCCCAGUGCAAGACGAAGUACAAGAGACACAAAGGAAGCCCACCUGUUCGCCAAGAGGAGGGGGACGAUGGCGAUGCUGAUGAUGUUAGCGAUUUCAAUUAUCCAACUAGCCAUCAGGAUCAGAAGCCAAAGAUCGCUGAACGCAUGCUGGGUUGGCACAUGGGUCAUGAGCAAGGGGAAGAUGUCGGUGCUCCAAAGUAUGACAGUGGGGAGAUCCCUCGGAAUCACAUCCCUUUGCUCACUCACAGCCAGGGGCUCUCCGGAGAACUGCCAAUGUCAUCACCUGAUCAUAUGAUGUCCCCAGGAGGUGGUGGAAAGCGUGUGCAUCCACUCCCUUACCGCUCUCCUAACUCGUCCAGAGAAUUUGGCAAUGUUGCCUGGAAAGAGAGAGUUGAUGGAUGGAAGAUGAAACAGGAGAAAAAUGUUGUGCCAAUGACUAAUGGUACCAGUCAUGCCCCUUCGGAAGGCAGGGGAGGAGGUGAUAUUGAUGCGACUACUGAUUACAAUAUGGAUGAUGCUUUACUGAAUGAUGAAGCCCGGCAGCCUCUUUCCAGGAAAGUAUCUGUUCCAUCUUCCAGGAUAAACCCAUACAGGAUGGUUAUUGUGUUACGGCUUGUUAUUCUCUGUAUUUUCCUCCACUAUCGUAUCACAAAUCCUGUCACCAAUGCCAUUCCUUUAUGGUUGUUAUCUGUAAUCUGUGAGAUAUGGUUUGCUAUAUCUUGGAUAUUGGAUCAGUUUCCCAAAUGGUUUCCUGUAAAUCGUGAAACUUAUCUCGACAGACUAUCAAUUAGAUAUGACAGAGAAGGUGAACCGUCUGAGCUGGCUGCUGUCGACAUUUUUGUCAGUACUGUCGAUCCAUUGAAAGAGCCUCCCCUUGUCACAGCCAACACUGUGUUAUCAAUUCUUGCCGUGGAUUACCCUGUUGACAAGGUCUCUUGCUAUGUCUCUGAUGAUGGUGCUGCUAUGCUGACAUUUGAAGCACUGGCUGAAACUUCAGAGUUUGCAAGAAAAUGGGUUCCUUUCUGCAAGAAAUACAUUAUUGAACCUCGAGCUCCUGAAUGGUACUUCUCACAGAAGAUUGAUUACCUCAAGGAUAAAGUUCAACCUUCAUUUGUUAAAGAUCGCAGAGCAAUGAAGAGAGAAUAUGAAGAAUUUAAGGUCCGCAUCAAUGGCCUUGUUGCAAAGGCACAAAAAGUUCCAGAUGAGGGAUGGAUCAUGCAAGAUGGCACACCAUGGCCUGGGAAUAACACCAGAGAUCAUCCUGGAAUGAUCCAGGUUUUCUUGGGUCACAGUGGAGGGCUUGAUACCGAGGGUAAUGAACUACCACGAUUAGUCUAUGUAUCUCGUGAGAAACGUCCAGGUUUCCAACACCACAAGAAGGCUGGUGCCAUGAAUGCUCUUGUGCGUGUGUCGGCUGUCCUUACAAAUGGACCCUUCAUGUUGAAUCUUGAUUGUGAUCACUACAUAAACAACAGCAAGGCUCUGAGGGAGGCUAUGUGCUUUCUUAUGGAUCCAAAUCUUGGAAAGCAAGUUUGUUAUGUACAGUUUCCACAGAGGUUUGAUGGUAUUGAUAGGAAUGAUCGAUAUGCCAACCGUAAUACAGUGUUUUUUGAUAUCAACUUAAGAGGUCUCGAUGGUAUCCAAGGCCCUGUCUAUGUGGGUACGGGAUGUGUCUUCAACCGAACUGCAUUAUAUGGCUAUGAACCUCCUAUCAAGAAUAAGCAUAAAAAGAAGGGCUUCUUCUCUCUCUGCUGUGGUGACUCUCGUAAGAAGAACUCUAAAUCAAGCAAGAAAAGUUCAGAAAAGAAAAAGUCAAGCAAACAUGUGGAUAAUACAGUGCCAAUAUUUAAUCUAGAAGAUAUAGAAGAGGGUGUUGAAGGUGCUGGAUUUGAUGAUGAAAAAUCACUGCUCAUGUCACAAAUGAGCCUGGAGAAAAGAUUUGGCCAAUCAGCUGUAUUUGUUGCCUCAACAUUAAUGGAAAAUGGUGGUGUUCCUCAAUCUGCAACUCCUGAGUCUCUUUUGAAAGAAGCCAUCCAUGUCAUCAGCUGUGGCUAUGAGGAUAAGACAGACUGGGGUAGCGAGAUAGGGUGGAUUUAUGGUUCUGUGACAGAAGAUAUCCUGACUGGAUUCAAGAUGCAUGCUCGUGGUUGGAAGUCAAUCUAUUGCAUGCCUAAGCGUCCAGCAUUCAAAGGUUCUGCUCCAAUCAAUCUUUCAGAUCGUCUGAACCAAGUGCUUCGAUGGGCCCUGGGAUCCGUUGAGAUUCUCUUUAGCCGUCACUGCCCAAUAUGGUAUGGCUAUGGAGGGCGAUUAAAGUUUUUGGAAAGAUUUGCAUACAUCAACACCACCAUUUAUCCACUCACUUCGCUUCCCCUCCUUUUGUAUUGUACGCUGCCGGCCAUUUGUUUACUUACUGGAAAAUUCAUUAUCCCUCAGAUUAGCAACAUUGCAAGUAUCUGGUUCAUCUCUCUCUUCCUUUCCAUUUUUGCCACUGGUAUUCUGGAAAUGAGGUGGAGUGGUGUUGGGAUUGAUGAAUGGUGGAGGAAUGAGCAGUUCUGGGUCAUCGGUGGUGUCUCAGCCCAUCUCUUUGCAGUGUUCCAAGGUCUACUCAAGGUUCUCGCUGGUAUCGACACCAAUUUCACUGUUACUUCCAAAGCUUCCGAUGAAGAUGGUGACUUUGCUGAGCUCUACAUGUUCAAGUGGACCACCCUCUUGAUACCACCAACCACACUUCUUAUCGUGAAUCUGGUCGGUGUGGUCGCUGGUAUCUCCUAUGCCAUAAACAGUGGAUAUCAGUCAUGGGGUCCCCUCUUUGGGAAGCUCUUUUUCGCCUUCUGGGUGAUUGUUCACCUGUACCCCUUCCUCAAGGGUCUUAUGGGAAGACAAAACCGCACGCCUACAAUCGUCGUGGUCUGGUCCAUUCUCCUUGCUUCAAUCUUCUCCUUGUUAUGGGUGCGAGUUGAUCCUUUCACCACUCGGGUAACUGGACCAGAUGUGCUGCAAUGUGGUAUCAACUGCUAGAACAUCGAUCAUGAUGUUCACUUAUAUCUCUUUUAUCCGGAGACUGUUAUUACUGUACAAGUAUGCAUGUCAAAUAUCUGAAGAUGUAUGCCUUGUUUGACCUAUUAAGUUAUCACUUUCAUUUUUUUUAGUUUACUACUUUUCUUUUUGUUGGUGGCUGUCUCAGCUGUUGAGAUAAGUUUGUAUUUGGCAUCGAUAUAAAAAUCCACUGUUUGCUAAAUUAAGCAUUACAAUUGAAAUGGAUUGAAAGGCCUAAUGUAGCUAAA